GAAGGUCUGCCGCCAUCAUGAAUGACACAGUGACUAUCCAGACCAGGAAGCUCAUGACCAACCGACUACUUCAGAGGAAGCAGAUGGUCAUUGAUGUCCUUCACCCUGGAAAGGCAACAGUACCUAAGACAGACAUUCGGGAAAAACUUGCCAGAAUGUACAAGACCGCACCCGAUGUCAUCUUUGUAUUUGGAAUCAGAACCCAUUUUGGUGGUGACAAAACAACUGGCUCUGACAUGAUUUAUGAUUCUUUGGAUUAUACAAAGAAAAAUGAGCCCAAACACAGACUUGCAAGACAUGGCCUGUGUGAAAAGAAAAAGACUUCGAGGAAACAGCGAAAGGAACGCAAAAACAGAAUGAAGAAAGUCAGAGGGACUGCAAAGGCCAAUGUUGGAGCUGGCAAGAAGCCAAAGGAAGAAAGAUCCUGCAAUGACUUGACCUGCAGUGAUGAUGAAAUUUUCAAGAAGGAAUUAAUAAACUGUAAAAACCUGUGGUCUGGCUUUGAAAAAAAAUAA